UUGUACUGUAAAAUAAAUACGACCUCGUACCGUCAUCCGAGUUUUGUGUUGCUCAUUUAAAACAUCCGAGUGCGAACGCCACCCGCUCCACUCCAUCAACGACCGGCUCUCCGCGGACCACCUACCACCACCGUCGUAGCCGCGUCAAAUUGGCUCCCCGCAGAGGAAUCAUCGCCUCAAGACAGCGUAAAGACAACAUGACCGGCCAACAGCAGGAGAAGUGGCAGCAGGUGGCCGAGUUAAUCCAACGGCUGGGGCUGGUAUCCGGUGGCCAGGAUGAGCCGCGAACAGCCGCCCAGGUCGCGAGGAUGACUACCCGCCAACUCCUGCAGGAUCCAGUGCGGGCGGCCAUCUACAACCGGGGCUGGGCGGACCGUACGAUGGACAUCCAGCGGAGGUUGCGGCCACACCGACCACCAUCAACAUCAACACCCGGCAGCCGCACACCGUCCCUGACAAGGCCACCACCCCCAGCAACGACACCUGCCCCCGUAACACCUGCGGAGCCGGCACCGGUACCCAGGCAAACGGGGGUACUCCCCGGCCCAACGGGAAAGGUGAGGACGGAGGCGCAGCAGGCACGGAACCGCCGGAAAUUCCAGCAGCUAAAGGAAAAGAGGAAAGCCAGGGAAAGCGAGGCAAGCCAACAACGUCGGCUUGCCAAGCAACCCGCGCCAACCUCAGACCCGGAAGCAGCCGGCACGCCUCCGGCCAACCCAACACCGAUGGAGGUGGACAAACCGGCAUCCAAGGACGGCAAGUCCGAGGAGCCGGGACAGCCCACCAGCCAGGAGUCACCAGACCAAUCAGAGGCCACGGUGGACAUAACCGAGGCAGAUUGGCUGGUGGCGUUCGAGGGGAUGCCGGAGUUAGACGACACUCACUCGUUCUACACUCCGGUAGGGUCCCCAAAACACCCCCAGUAACACACACGGGCGCGGGCAAGUCUACCUCAAGCGAAAGCCAGAGGUAGUACAAGCCACCCCCUCCCCUAAUAGCACACAGACACCGGUACAAGUGUACCCCGUGUGACGGUUUGGCGGGGGAGUAUGACACGGUACGCAGCGGCCACCAGUACAAAGUACAGGUACCGCAGCGACCAGUCUACAUUUUUCGUCAACCGCCACUACGGGCUACAGCGCGACAACGCCAACUCCCCCACCACGCCACAAAGGCACAAGGUGGGACGGGAAGGCGAGUCGCGUAGAACGAGUACCGGCCGUCGUAGACCUACAACUAGCAUCAUAACCCACGUCGUGAGUACACACGUUACAACACCAUUGCGAUCCGAUCGAUACGCUGAAUUGUGGAAC